UUUACUGAAUCCUCGGCUGCCCCAGAUAUUUGAUGGUUCGCGACUCAACAAUUCUGUCCAUUCCUAGAUCAUUUUCAUGGCCCAAUAACAAAAAAAAAAAAUGGCAAGAUAAAUUUCCCGCCAACCCAAAACCAUCUUCAACACUGCACUUUGGAAGAGAUAACCGAAGCUGAGAAUUCUUGGAAAAGCAACAAAAAAAUGGAAGAAACAAAAUCACCAACAACAACACCAAGAAGAAGAACCAGCAAAAGGAAACCCUUCACUGAUCUCAGCAAUACAGUCCCAUCAUCUCUGCCUUCUUCACAAUCCUCUUCUUCUUCUUUACUCAAACCACCCACCAAAUCUUCUCUCUCUUUGCCUCUUAAAUCCCUUCUCAACAACAAUCUCAAUACUGAUCUUAAUUCUAACUCCAAGUUUACUGCCACUCAAUUCACCGCCAAUAAGAAUAAUCACAAUGACAAGAAGAGGGAGAAGAAAAAAGGUCCAAUUAACAGGGCAAACCCUAGCUCCAUGUUGUCUCCGCCACCAAAAACGCCUUCUGUUUCGGGUAUUGGUGAUUGUGUGGAUUUUGAGCCUUGUACAGUUUACAACAGGAGACAUACUGCUGAAAAAAGGAAGAGUAAAGGGAAGGAAAUUGCCGAGCCUUUCAGUUGCUUUUUUGAAAUGAGAAUGCCAGACUUAAGGGAAAAAAAAGAUGGAGAUGGUGAUAUUGGUCUCUCCAAAUCAUGCCCAAUAGCACGUAAAAAGAAGCAACACCGAGAGAAGUCUGAGGUAAAUGCUGCCAAGCAUGACUUGCCCCAAGAUUUCAUUGACAGGCAGAGAGCCUAUUUUGCAGAAGUUGAUGCAUUUGAGCUGGAAGAGGAGGUGGCAUCAGCUGAUGAGUUGGAAUAGAUGAAAAGUAUAUAAUUGAAUCAUUUAGGAUAAUGCAAUUUAGGUGCUCUAACCCUGUAAUAUUCUCCGUAUAUAGUUUACCGACAAAUUUUGGUGUAAUAACUACCUUACUUAGCCAUAUCCGAUGCUUGAUAGUCUUCCCCAUCGUAGUCUAGUGUACCUAGUUGUUGUCUUCCCCAUGAUUGCAUAGGUUACUGCAGUGUUAAUUGUAUUUGAGAGUUUACUUUUCUACGUUUACCAAAAUUGUAUUUCAUACAAGGCGUACUCUGCCGACACUGGCCUCAACAAAUGGACUUGAUUCCUUUGCGAUUGUGAAUUAUUGAUAUCAUCUUGCUAUGAACUGCUGAUCAAAUCUGCGUGUGCUGACAAAAAUCUUGGAUACCAUCCAAGUUUUGGCUCUUGUACUACCAAUAAUGCAGGCUACAGUAGCAGCAAUCUUGAUGUCCCAAUCAGAUGCUUGAACUUAUUUGCCUCGUGCAGUGAAAAGAUUCGAUCUGUCCGGUUUUGGUUGGGGUGACGGAGCCUACUGAAAAGAAACUUUUUACCCCAUAUUGGGGGCUAAGUGAGCCUAGUUCAUUAAUUUAUUUCCAAUACUUAGGGCAUGCUACUGUAGCUCAUUUAAAGCAAACAUUAACUAUUCUCUAAUUAUUUGCAUAAAUUUCUGCUUUCUUUGUCCACUUCUAUGAAAAGAAAAAAGUAGAGUUACUUUGCUUUUCUGAUCUUCUUAUUCAGCUGGAUUCUGUAAACAUUACCCAUUCAUUUCUGAAUAGAUGAAUUCUAGCACUCAAGUUGGCUCAAAUUUUCCAAGAUGGGCUAUUAUGGGAAAUAUUAAGGGAUAAUCUUAACUCUGUUUUGAGAGAGGAGAAAGAGGAAAAUUACGCAUCUUUAGUCUUUAAAUUCAAGCAUA